AUGGAACCUUCAAUGCUCUCAGGCCUCGUUGCAGUUGAACCAGCCCUUGCCAAAUCCCAAGAUGAAGACUUUUAUCGACCCUUGACAGCACCCACAAAAACAGUCCCAAGAACACAAGUCGGUACCUCCCAUAGAGAAUCAUUCGAGCUUCACAACAUUCCAAUCCGAGAUGAUCGCACAAGACAUGCAUUUUCUACCAACGCCAGCAACGACCUGGAAAUGAGUCGACCCAACACUCCAGACUCCAAUACCGAAAUUGUCGAAGUUCUACCUACUUUUUGGAAUCCAUUCAUGAACCGCUUCAGAGCCCUUUUUGGCUGCCUUGCACAACUGGGUAAUGCACUUAGUGAUGGCGCUGCUGGCGCAUUGAUUCCAUAUAUGGAAAAAUAUUAUGGUAUUGGAUAUGGCACGGUAUCCCUGAUCUUCGUAGGACAAGCCAUUGGUUUUAUCGCCGCAGCCGUAUUUCUAGACGUCCUGCGAGCCAAACUUGGUCGAGCCAAGCUCCUCGGGCUGGGUCAAGCCUUAGUCACUUUGGCAUAUGUACCUAUUAUCUGCGGAGCACCUUUUGCAGUCGUCGUCGUCUCCUUUUUCUUCAUUGGCUUCAGUAUUUCCAUCAACGUCGCCAUCGGAAACCUCUUCUUUGGUGGACUCCGAAACGGAACGUUCAUGCUUGGUAUCCUCCAUGGUACUUAUGGGAUAGGAGGUACGAUUGGACCCCUCAUCGCAACUGCACUUGUCACAGCUGCAAAUGCAGUAUGGAACCGAUACUACAUCAUAACAUGUGCCCUUGGUGCCGUGACUUUUGUCCUGGGCACUUGGGCGUUCUGGACAUACGAAAAGGAGAUGAGCCCUACGGCGCGCCAGAGAGAGUCAUCCCAGGCGGGAGAGUCGCUGAUGAACAGCAUGUUUCUUGCUAUGAAGAUGCGUAUCGUAUUUCUGGGCUCGCUCUUCAUCUUUGCUUACCAAGGAGCUGAAGUUUCUAUCUCUGGCUGGGUCAUCUCUUUCCUUAUUGAAGACCGUGAUGGAGACCCUUCUUCGGUCGGUUAUGUGACAGCAGGCUUCUGGGCAGGUAUAACAAUUGGUCGGUUUCUCCUGUCUGCCCCUGCUCAACGCAUAGGUGAGAAGAAACUCGUUUACUUUCUCACCGUAGGUGCGCUGGCGUUUGAACUUCUUGUUUGGUUUGUGCCCAACAUUGUGGGCAACGCCAUCGCUGUUUCUAUCGUCGGUCUCUUUCUUGGACCUAUCUACCCAUGCGCCGCAGCAGUCUUCCUUCGUGGUAUGAGCCGACGUGAGUCUCUAAGUGGGAUUGGGACAAUCAGUGCUUGUGGUAGUGCGGGAGGAGCUGUUGCACCUUUCAUUACUGGCCUCCUUGCUCAGGCUGUUGGUACAUUUGUACUCCACCCUAUUGCGAUUUUCCUUUUCGUUGUCAUGCUGGUGUGCUGGUACUUUCUACCCACAGAGGAUAAGAGGACUGAGUAA